AGUUGAACCUCGGACCCAGUCUGGGAGAUGAGUUGGGGAAGUGAAGGUCCAAACAUCUGAAAUCUUCAGUAUUCAUUAGGCCUCGUUUGUGCUCCGGACCAUUUGAACGGGCGAAAUAAGUGACGCAGAGGUUCAUCAACGCCAUGACUGUGCUGUCAGUGUUAGAGAAUGGCCUGCAAGUCUAUAACCUCAGCCUGUACAGGAAUCCUCUCAUUACGAAAGCAACCACGAGUGCCAUCACUUGUGCCUUGGGGGAAAUCCUUAGUCAGCUGAUCACUAAGCAGCCAAAAAUUAGUUUGCAGAGCGCUUCUAGAUAUGCAGUUUUCGGUUUCGUGGUCACUGGCCCCCUCGCCCACUACUUCUACAAAUUCCUGGAAAAGGUGGUCCCCCCGACCUCCAAGGGGGCAUCCCUGAAAAGGCUGUUGCUUGACAGAUUAGGCUUCGCCCCUCUUCUUCUUCUGCUUUCUCUCUACGUGCUGUCGAGGAUGGAGGGUAAAAGCCAUCUUACUUGCCAAAAGGAAUUGCAGAUGAAGUACUGGACGGCCCUGAAAAUGAACUGGAAAGUCUGGACACCCAUUCAGUUCAUCAAUGUGAACUACGUCCCACAAGAGUACCGAGUUCUGUUUGCAAACUUCAUAGCCAUAUUUUGGAUCAUGUACAUCGGCAUGAAGAGGAGACAGGCAGCCGAGGCAGCGGCGAAAGCGGCCAAAGAGGAAUGAGAAUGCGAAUUCACUUUCUUUUUAGAAAGCCAGUGGGCUUCCAAGCUGGGUUUUCGAAAGGCCGCACACAGACUCUCUCGCCCCUUUCCCAGUCAAAAAUUCAUGUCAUGAAGGAGGUUGUCAUGACUGGUUAAUAUGUUUUUUCUAAGUCUUACUCUUAUUUACGUCCUCUUGUUUGGUAAGCUAUUUUUUUUUUUUUUUUUUUUUUUUUUUUUUUUACUAACCGAAAAGUCCCAGACGUGCUUAUCAGGUGAUGAGUAAAUACUUCCCGAGAUUUAACAAUCUGUUUUCGAUUCAAAUGUGUUUCCUAGCUUCCUCCACUUUGGGAAGCUUUUACAUUUUAUAAAAAUGACAUACACAAGGUGCUCAUAUUCUAAUUUUUAAGGAACUGGAGAAGUUCAAAAUGUCUCCUCCUUUUUUUUUUUUUUUUAUCCAGUUGGGUUACUUCUCAAUAAUUCGGUGGUGUAUUUGUUGUAUAUGGUUUCAGUUGUUGAGGCUUAACAUUUGUAAAUGUAUUUUGUUGUAA